AUGGUUCAGCCCAAGGAGAACGUUUGUUUGAUCUGUAUCGACGGUUGGGGUAUUUCGCCCGUGAAGGGAACGAAGGGAGAUGCUAUCGAGGCUGCUGCGACCCCCGUCAUGGACGCCAUGCAGGUCGACACUCCCUACGUUGAGCUCUCCGCUCAUGGAUUGGCUGUCGGCCUCCCCGAUGGUCUCAUGGGUAACUCCGAAGUCGGUCACCUGAACAUCGGUGCCGGCCGUGUCGUCUGGCAAGAUUUGGUCCGUAUCGACCAGACCAUCAAGAACGACAAGCUUAACGAGGUCGAGAACCUCAACAAGGCCCUCGAGAACGCAAAGAACGGAAACGGACGUCUCCACUUUUUGGGUUUGGUCUCUGAUGGAGGUGUUCACUCCCACCAGAAGCACUUGUACUCUUUGUUGAAGUAUGCCAAGGACUUCGGUGUGCCCGAGUGUUACAUUCAUUUCUUCGGUGAUGGUCGUGAUACCGCGCCCAAGUCUGCUGCUGGAUACAUGGAGCAGUUGUUAGAGAAGACCAAGGAGUUGGGUUACGGUAAGCUCGCUACCGUUGUCGGCCGUUACUACGCCAUGGACCGUGACAAGCGCUGGGAGCGUGUCCAAAUCGCCUUCGACGGAUUGACCCAGGGUAAGGGUGAGGCCGCCGAGGAGUCCGACGCCGUCAAGAAGAUCAACGAGCGUUACGAGCAGAAGGAGACCGACGAGUUCUUGAAGCCCAUUAUCUUCAACGGAGACGAUGCCCGCAUCAAGGACAACGACACCCUUUUCUUCUUCAACUAUCGUUCCGACCGUAUGCGUGAGCUUUCCCAGGUCUUCGGUGUUACCCCCGCUCCUAUCGACUCCCCCAUCCCCCAGAACCUCCACAUUACCACCAUGACCCAGUACAAGGCUGACUUCCCCUUCCCCGUCGCUUUCCUUCCUCAGCGCAUGGACGACGUCCUCGCCGAGACUUUGGCCAAGCAGGGUGUCAAGCAGUGCCACAUCGCCGAGACCGAGAAGUACGCUCACGUCACUUUCUUCUUCAACGGUGGUACCGAGCGCGAGUUCGACCAGGAGGUCCGCGAUAUGGUUCCCUCCCCCAAGGUUGCCACCUACGACAAGAAGCCCGAGAUGUCUGUUCACGGUGUCGCAGAGCAGGUUGCUAAGCGUGUUUCCGAGGGCGAAUUCCCCUUCAUCGUCUGUAACCUUGCCAACCCCGACAUGGUCGGCCACACUGGUGUCUACGACGCCGCCGUCGAGGCCGUCACCCACACUGACAAGGCUAUCGGUGCCAUCUACAAGGCUUGCAAGAAGCACAACUACAUCCUCUUUGUUACCUCCGACCACGGUAACGCCGAGAAGAUGUUGUCUGAGGAAGGAACCCCCUUCACCGCUCACACCACUGCCAAGGUUCCUUUCGUGAUGACCUCUGAGCGUCACCAAUUCAACAAGGAAAAGAUUGGUGCUUUGUGUGAUGUUGCCCCCACUAUUUUGGAUGUUAUGGGUUUGGAGCAGCCUUCUGACAUGACUGGUGUUUCUUUGUUGGCUUAAGUUAGAGGGUAUGGGAGACGUGUUUGAUUAGACUGGGGUGCAUGAUGUGAUAUAGAGCACAGAUCACGAUC